AUGUUGGGCUUCUUCACCACGUACUGCACAGACAUCUUCAUCAUCAUCAUCAUCUUCAUCAUCACUACAGACUGCACACACAUCAUCUUCAUCUUCAUCACUACAGACUGCACACACAUCAUCUUCAUCAUCAUCAUCUUCAUCAUCACUACAGACUGCACACACAUCAUCUUCAUCAUCUUCAUCAUCACUACAGACUGCACACACAUCAUCUUCAUCUUCAUCACUACAGACUGCACACACAUCAUCUUCAUCUUCAUCACUACAGACUGCACACACAUCAUCUUCAUCUUCAUCACUACAGACUGCACACACAUCAUCUUCAUCUUCAUCACUACAGACUGCACACACAUCAUCUUCAUCAUCACUAUAGACUGCACACACAUCAUCUUCAUCAUCACUAUAGACUGCACACACAUCAUCUUCAUCAUCACUAUAGACUGCACACACAUCAUCUUCAUCAUCAUCUUCAUCACUACAGACUGCACACACAUCAUCUUCAUCUUCAUCACUACAGACUGCACAGACACCAUCUUCAUCAUCAUCACUACAGACUGCACACACAUCUUCAUCAUCAUCACUACAGACUGCACACACAUCAUCUUCAUCUUCAUCACUACAGACUGCACAGACAUCAUCUUCAUCAUCAUCACUACAGACUGCACAGACAUCAUCUUCAUCAUCAUCACUACAGACUGCACAGACAUCAUCUUCAUCUUCAUCACUACAGACUGCACAGACAUCAUCUUCAUCAUCAUCACUACAGACUGCACAGACAUCAUCUUCAUCUUCAUCACUGUGUGUGAUGUAUGUCUGUGGUUCUGUCUGUGGUUCUAUCAGUCUGUGGUUCUGUCUGUGGUUCUAUCAGUCUGUGGUUCUGUCUGUGGUUCUAUCAGUCUGUGGUUCUGUCUGUGGUUCUAUCAGUCUGUGGUUCUGUCUGUGGUUCUAUCAGUCUGUGGUUCUGUCUGUGUCUGUGGUUCUGUCUGUGGUUCUAUCAGUCUGUGGUUCUGUCUGUGGUUCUAUCAGUAUGUGGUUCAGUCUAUGGUUCUAUCAGUCUGUGGUUCAGUCUAUGGUUCUAUCAGUCUGUGGUUCUGUCUGUGGUUCUAUCAGUCUGUGGUUCUGUCUGUGGUUCUAUCAGUCUGUGGUUCUGUCUGUGGUUCUAUCAGUCUGUGGUUCUGUCUGUGGUUCUAUCAGUCUGUGGUUCUGUCUGUGGUUCUAUCAGUCUGUGGUUCAGUCUAUGGUUCUAUCAGUCUGUGGUUCUGUCUGUGGUUCUGUCUGUGGUUCUAUCAGUCUGUGGUUCUGUCUGUGGUUCUACCAGUCUGUGGUACAAUCAGUCUGUGGUUCUGUCUGUGGUUCUGUCUGUGGUUCUAUCAGUCUGUGGUUCUAUCAGUCUGUGGUUCUGUCUGUGGUUCUGUCUGUGGUUCUAUCAGUCUGUGGUUCUGUCUGUGGUACAAUCAGUCUGUGGUUCUGUCUGUGGUACAAUCAGUCUGUGGUUCUGUCUGUGGUUCUAUCAGUCUGUGGUUCUAUCAGUCUGUGGUUCUGUCUGUGGUUCUGUCUGUGGUUCUAUCAGUCUGUGGUUCUGUCUGUGGUACAAUCAGUCUGUGGUUCUGUCUGUGGUACAAUCAGUCUGUGGUUCAGUCUGUGGUUCUGUCAGUCUGUGGUUCUAUCAGUCUGUGGUUCUGUCUGUGGUUCUGUCUGUGGUUCUAUCAGUCUGUGGUUCUGUCUGUGGUUCUAUCAGUCUGUGGUUCAGUCUAUGGUUCUAUCAGUCUGUGGUUCAGUCUAUGGUUCUAUCAGUCUGUGGUUCUGUCUGUGGUUCUAUCAGUCUGUGGUUCUGUCUGUGGUUCUAUCAGUAUGUGGUUCAGUCUAUGGUUCUAUCAGUCUGUGGUUCAGUCUAUGGUUCUAUCAGUCUGUGGUUCUGUCUGUGGUUCUAUCAGUCUGUGGUUCUGUCUGUGGUUCUAUCAGUCUGUGGUUCUGUCAGUCUGUGGUUCUGUCUGUGGUACAAUCAGUCUGUGGUUCUGUCUGUGGUACAAUCAGUCUGUGGUUCAGUCUGUGGUUCUGUCAGUCUGUGGUUCUAUCAGUCUGUGGUUCUGUCUGUGGUUCUGUCUGUGGUUCUAUCAGUCUGUGGUUCUGUCUGUGGUUCUAUCGUCUGUGGUUCAGUCUAUGGUUCUAUCAGUCUGUGGUUCAGUCUAUGGUUCUAUCAGUCUGUGGUUCUGUCUGUGGUUCUAUCAGUCUGUGGUUCUGUCUGUGGUUCUAUCAGUAUGUGGUUCAGUCUAUGGUUCUAUCAGUCUGUGGUUCAGUCUAUGGUUCUAUCAGUCUGUGGUUCUGUCUGUGGUUCUAUCAGUCUGUGGUUCUGUCUGUGGUUCUAUCAGUCUGUGGUUCUGUCUGUGGUUCUAUCAGUCUGUGGUUCUGUCUGUGGUUCUAUCAGUCUGUGGUUCUGUCUGUGGUUCUAUCAGUCUGUGGUUCUGUCUGUGGUUCUAUCAGUCUGUGGUACAAUCAGUCUGUGGUUCUGUCUGUGGUUCUGUCUGUGGUUCUAUCAGUCUGUGGUUCUGUCUGUGGUUCUGUCUGUGGUUCUGUCUGUGGUUCUAUCAGUCUGUGGUUCUGUCUGUGGUACAAUCAGUCUGUGGUACAAUCAGUCUGUGGUUCUGUCUGUGGUUCUAUCAGUCUGUGGUUCUGUCUGUGGUACAAUCAGUUUGUGGUUCUGUCUGUGGUUCUAUCAGUCUGUGGUUCUGUCAGUCUGUGGUUCUAUCAGUCUGUGGUUCUGUCAGUCUGUGGUUCUGUCUGUGGUACAAUCAGUCUGUGGUUCUGUCUGUGGUUCUGUCUGUGGUUAUAUCAGUCUGUGGUUCUGUCUGUGGUUCUAUCAGUCUGUGGUUCUAUCAGUCUGUGGUUCUGUCUGUGGUUCUAUCAGUCUGUGGUUCUGUCUGUGGUUCUAUCAGUCUGUGGUUCUGUCUGUGGUACAAUCAGUCUGUGGUUCUGUCUGUGGUACAAUCAGUCUGUGGUUCUGUCUGUGGUUCUAUCAGUCUGUGGUUCUAUCAGUCUGUGGUUCUGUCUGUGGUUCUAUCAGUCUGUGGUUCUAUCAGUCUGUGGUUCUAUCAGUCUGUGGUUCUAUCAGUCUGUGGUUCUAUCAGUCUGUGGUUCUGUCUGUGGUUCUAUCAGUCUGUGGUUCUGUCUGUGGUUCUAUCAGUCUGUGGUUCUAUCAGUCUGUGGUUCUGUCUGUGGUUCUAUCAGUCUGUGGUUCUGUCUGUGGUUCUAUCAGUCUGUGGUUCUGUCUGUGGUUCUAUCAGUCUGUGGUACAAUCAGUCUGUGGUUCUGUCUGUGGUUCUGUCUGUGGUUAUAUCAGUCUGUGGUUCUGUCUGUGGUACAAUCAGUCUGUGGUUCUGUCUGUGGUUCUGUCUGUGGUUAUAUCAGUCUGUGGUUCUGUCUGUGGUUCUGACCUGUUUCCGAACCGGGUCCGGGGCUCGGUCUCCGGUGGCUGCUCCUGGUCCACGGCUCCAGGUUCGAGGGUAA